CAAUGCUAGUUCACUGCCACUACAGCAAGGCUGCGGUCACUAGAUCACGUUCACGUCCGUCCGUAUUUUCAAAAAACCCGCCGCGUCGCGACGUCCUCCCCCAAAUACCACCCCCAAAGCGCACGGUCGUCAUCCGUCGAUUAUGAUUUUGUGAUUUUGACAAGAACACUCUCCUCAUCAGAAGAAGACGUACAAUCACUCAACAAACUGACAAUCAAACAAAAAACUUGAUACCAUGGAAACGUGCGUUCUAAUCCCCCAGGAGUUCAGCCUGUGUCUUCGUGGUCCCGCCAUAGGGCGCAGGGAGCCGGAGGUCUCCGUCUGGUCGAACAGCACCAUCGCUCAAGGUGCCCUUUGCUACCCUUUCCAGGGCACCAUCAGAUUGGACAAACUCGAAGUUUUUGGACAGCUCGAAGAUGACGAUAUACGACACCGCUUUGGAUGUUACGAUGAGAUCUCAACGAGCGGAUUGCGUAAGGUCCGUCACUGCAAUUGGGUGCGAUUCGUGCGCGUGUCGCCCACGUUCAGCCCAGCGGUGAACCUGGUUGCAACCAAAGUCAGAGGAGAGCCCGUCUACGAGGCCGUCAAACCUAUACCUCCGGACACCGAGCUCAUAGUCUACUACCUUCCGGAGCGGCCCGAGGAGUUGUUCUUCGUCAGGAUGCGCGCCUCUCUCUACCGCCAAACCAUGGACUCCAUCCUAGAAGAUUCUCCGCUCGAUCUAUCGAUGUCCUUGUUGUCGCGUGCCUUGUCCGGUUCUCCUCCGAGCGCCGAAGAUGAAGGGAAAUCCGUUUCCGGUGAUAGCUCAGCCGCGAGCUCGCAAGGCGACCUCCCCGACAACCACACUCCAAAUCCGACACCGAGAGCGCGGCCGAGGGAACGAACUCUGCUCCCGUGCUCCGUCUGCACGAAAGCCUUCGAUCGGCCGUCUCUCCUCAAAAGACACAUGAGAACGCAUACAGGUGAAAAACCCCACGUCUGCAUGGUUUGCGGAAAGGGCUUCAGCACCUCGUCAUCAUUGAACACCCACAGGCGCAUCCACAGCGGCGAAAAGCCCCAUCAGUGUCCGGUCUGCUUGAAGCGGUUCACAGCCUCCUCCAAUCUCUAUUACCACCGCAUGACCCAUAUCAAGGAUAAGCCGCAUAAGUGUAACCUGUGCAGCAAAUCCUUCCCGACUCCCGGGGAUCUGAGGUCUCACAUGUACGUCCAUUCAGGAUCGUGGCCCUUCAAGUGUCACAUAUGUUCCCGAGGGUUCUCCAAGCACACCAACCUCAAGAACCACCUCUUCCUGCACACAG